AUGGCUGAGCCGCCGAGCACCAUCACCACCGUCAACGGGCGCCGGUGCACCCGCGUCCGCCGCACCACCACCCUGCUGGCUGGAAAUACCUCAUCGACCUCUCCCGCCACUUCCACCGCCGCCGCGCCAGGUACGCAAACCACCGCGGCGCCAGCGACGACGGUUCCUCCGCUGUCGUCGACCGAGGCCGCUUCUCCUGUCCCAGCUCCCUCGUCAUCUGCACCGACCCAGCCGGAGGCAUCUCAGGGUCUCUCGUCUGAGCCUGCCACGUCUGCGCCUGCCCAGUCUUCGCUCGUUUCUGCAGGGCCUUCGCAGCCCUCUUCAAUCAGUUCGCCGUCGACAAUAUUUGCUGUAGUUACGACGGCGACUGGAUCAGUUGCCUUCACUUCUUCUUCUUCUGAUGCCUCUUCCUCGUUUGCAAGUUCUACUGUUUUGAACACACUUCCUUCUAGCAUUAUACCCGUCACAACCACCGCACAGAGCGGAAGUUCUGACACUUUGACUGCAGUUGUCUCAGUCGUCUCUGCAUCUACUUUUAUUGUUUCGCAACCGACUACAGCUUCCGACUCUACUUCUUCUCUGACCGGCGGAACCGAAGGUUCCGGGUUCGAAGGCUCUGGCACCUCGUCACAUGAUGAUCACUCGUCCGGCCAUCACAGCAAUCAUGGUCUCUCCCCAGGUGCUAUCGCUGGUAUUGUCCUUGGCGUCGUUUUUGGCAUCGCCGCUAUUGUUGCUCUGAUUCUAUUCUGUCUCAAGAGGAGAAAAGAGAGAAGAGAGGGGCUAGAUGAGAAGAGUGCAGGACAAGGGGGGUUGGCUGGACCUCCGCCUCGCUCAGGGCUCGCCGCCAAAUGGGCCGCCCUUACGGCAGGACUUGCCGCCAAGGCGGGACUUAAGCCGUCUGGUACUGACGGCAUGGCUAGACGGGCUCCGGAAUCGCCUGCGUUUGAACCGGUCGCACGGUCUUCGUACAGCUCUGCAGGCUCUGCAGGCUCGACGCGCCAUCUGCGCUCCACGAGCGCCCCAGCGCAACCACCCGCCGGUCGCUUUGCAGCGUUCAAGCAGAAGUUCCAAAAGCCACAAACGUUCGUCCCGGAACGAAGGGGCCGAGCAGUGUCUACUGACAGUAUCCCAUCAUUCUAUUCUCCGACUCCUCCUCAACUAGAGGACCUCCCUGAGUCUCUCAACCCCUUCAGAGAUCCGGUGCCUUCAUCAUACCGCGUCACCAACCCCGACAGAGCAAGUCUUUCUCCCAAGGUUCAAACACCACAGUCAGCACUACUCGGCGGUAACCUAAACGACAUACGAAGCCCCCUGACACCAGGCAUGGCGAACUGGCGCGAGCCAACACCACAGUUUGGCUUCCCAGCAAGUAUCGAACCGCAAAACCCGUUCCUGGAUCCUCGGGAGACCCAAAAGCGGAUUUCUGCCAGCACCAUCUCUGUUGCCCGGAGGAAUAGUAUGGGCCUUCCGCCUAUAGCCCGAGUUGCCUCUCACGCCCGCAGCCAAAGCGGUAACCCAAGAGCUCUGUCACAGGCUCGCUCAUCAUGGUACUCCGAAGAUUCGGGAUAUGUUUCACCAUCCCACCCUUCAGCGCACGUCCUACCCCUUCGUCCUCCCAGGAGCAAUCCAUUCGCCGACAGAUUCGGCAAGCAUCUAUAUCCUUCCAGCUUCCCGGAAUGCCAGCGUGGAUUCUGGAAGGGGUCCGCCGCCAGGACCCAUUCCGCUGCCAAGUGCCCGCAGUUCCUCACUCAUGGUACAGUCCCAAGAGCCUCUGGCAACAACUUCAACCGCUCGCUCUUCUUGGCUCAGUCCACAUGGCAGCCCGGCAAUCUCGUAUGGCUCAAGUGGACGCAGCAGUCCGGCCAGUGGUCGCAGUGGCAAACGGAGAACCACAGCGAGCCGCGCAACACGAGGCAAAAGUGA